CCCACAAGAAUCUGAAACUCAGAUGUGAAAAUGGUCUGAUGCAAAAUUUUACAUAUUUUACAUUAAAAUUUUGCUCAUUAAUGUUGCAAAAUUUAGUUAAUUUUGAAGCAAUGGAUUUCCCAUAUAUUAGUAAAGAUUUGGCUUCAGAGCAAAUUUUAUUAUGUGGUAUGGAGGGUUAUGCAGAUUUCCUGAGCAACCAUUAUGAAAACCUGAUCAUGAAUUGGCAACAUCCUAGUGGUUGUUACAGUGGAUUAAGAUACAGUCCACACUUUCAACAAAGUUUUAAGAUGCGUAAACGCCGAUCUGGAAAUUUCACUGAUUUUGGUUGUGUUAAUCAUGCAACCGGACUCGGAGCAGCGGUUUUAGCUUUAUUUAUCCGGAAAGAUAUAGAAAUGCUUAGAGAAAUGUUGUUAAAUUAA